CUGCUCGAUAAUCCAACAACUCGCAGUACUCAAAUCCUCUACAAGAUGCGUUUUAUAAUAGCAAUUUCUCUAUCCUGUCUUUGCCUCGUCGCCACAGUAUCGAUCGUUUAUGGUUAUCCUCAGCAUUUAGCAGAUGAUGUUCAGUCCUACGCCAACACUUUAUUUGAUGAACUUCCAGAGGAAUCGUACCAGGCUACGGCGGAGAACUAUCGUCUGAAACGUGCCACAUGCGACCUACUGAGCGGCUUCGGUGUCAAUGAUAGUGCCUGUGCGUUGCAUUGUGUUGCACGAGGUAAUCGUGGCGGUUAUUGCAACUCGCGAAAGGUUUGCGUAUGCCGAAAUUAAGGUAGGGUCUAAAUGAUAGCAGGGUGCCUUUAAAUAUGUUAUUAUUGAAUCAAAAAAGGGUUUAAACGAUGGAAAAAAUCAUCGUUUCUUCGAUUAUUUUUCAGUACUAUCGUUCAACAAAAUAAAUUCAAAUGUUUUGUAUGAUAAAAAGCAUCAUUCGA